AGUAUGACAAUUGAAACUUUGAAAUGGUGCUAAUUAUAUUAUAGUUUGUAAAGACCUUUGUUUACAAAAUGAACCAGUGAGUUUGGUAGUGACCCUUUUAAGUGCUGGGUAUCUGGCUUGUUAUGUGCAAGGUGUUGAGGGUACUGAAGAAAUGAUGCAAUAUAAUCAGGAAAAAAAUCCUAGGAGUUAUUUACAUGUUUUGACAAUAUCUGCAUAUUAACAAAAAGGUUAGGAAUCUUAUCCUGUAGUUUAUUUUGCAGUUCGUCUGUUCAGCCUUAGUCACCACAUGGAUCUCUUAUGUCUCGCAAUUCUACCCUCAUAACACAGUUCCCUUAAAAUGUGUCAUUAUCAGAACCAAUUCUAAUGUCCUUCCGUGUAACUUUAAGACUGCCAAAAGGAUAGCUUGUUUUUCAACAUGUUUUUCAUGAUUUGAAAAGUUCUCGACUUCAUCAGUACAGCGGCCCCCACUUGGAAUUUUUCUCCUUACAGCAGAGCUGGUGGAUUGAGAUGUGUGCCCAGGUUUAGCCACUUGUGUACAAAGUAGCAUUUUAGUUUAAACUCAUUUUUAUUAGCUGUUCAAUCUAAGCCACUGGACUUUGCAUUGAAAUAGGUCUAGUAUGGGUUUGUGUUCUCUCACUUCCUCUGGGGAAGAAUAAAGGUGAAUAGGCAGUAAUUCUGGGGAGAAAAGUAACAAACAGGAGGUAGCAUCUUAAAUUGCUGUAGGUGUGUGCUAAGAAAAUUUAAGUUGUUGCCCAUUGUCAAUUGUGACAAAUCAUAUAUGUCAAGAGAAUACAUUAUACGUGAGGACAUGGAUAUUUUGUCUGCAGCUUCUUUGCUGCCAUAAAAAUGUAAGAACCAAUCUAUUAAAGAUAAUUACUGGUUCUAGGAAGUCUUACCUUAGUCUUUUUGUUUGCUUUAAAGUGUCUGGCCUGUGCCUUACUCGGAUACAUUCUGAAUAGCCAGGAUAAAUACUUUUUCUUGAACAUUGACUUGCAUUUUUCACAGAAAAAAAUGUGUAACUUUAAUGUUGCUACCAGUUACAGGGAAUUAGCACUUUAUAGAAUAUGCAUUAGUUACCAACUAAUGCUUGUAAGCUGAGUAUUAGAAACAAUAGAAAAUUGCAACUAUUGUCAGGAGUUUUCACAUUCUUCUUAUAGAACAACUUACUAAUACAGCAGCCCACAAGCAGCAUUUUGUAAGGAGUUCAAGACAAAAAGAAAGAGGAACAUACUAAAAUGUCGCCUGAAGUUGCCUUGAACAGAAUUUCUCCAGCGCUCUCACCCUUCAUUUCCAGUGUGGUCAGAAAUGGAAAAGUAGGACUGGAUGCUACUAAUUGUUUACGGAUUACAGACUUGAAAUCUGGCUGUACAUCCUUGACCCCUGGACCUAGCUGUGAUCGGUUCAAGCUACAUAUCCCUUAUGCUGGAGAAACACUCAAAUGGGAUAUAAUUUUCAAUGCUCACUAUCCUGACCUGCCACCAGAUUUUAUCUUUGGAGAGGAUGCUGAAUUUUUGCCAGAUCCUUCUGCCUUACAUAAUUUAGCUGCUUGGAAUCCUUCAAACCCUGAAUGCCUCCUGCUUGUUGUGAAAGAGCUUGUGCAGCAGUAUCACCAAUUUCAGUGCAGCCGAUUACGUGAGAGCUCUCGUCUCAUGUUUGAAUAUCAGACUUUACUGGAAGAGCCCCAGUAUGGAGAAAACAUGGAAAUCUAUGCUGGCAAAAAAAACAACUGGACUGGAGAAUUCUCAGCUCGCUUCCUCUUGAAGUUGCCUGUAGAUUUCAGCAAUAUUCCUACAUACCUUCUCAAGGAUGUGAAUGAAGAUCCUGGAGAAGAUGUUGCACUUCUCUCUGUUAGUUUUGAGGAUGCAGAGGCUACUCAGGUUUUUCCUAAGUUGUAUCUGUCCCCACGUAUUGAACAUGCACUUGGAGGAUCGUCUGCCCUUCAUAUCCCAGCCUUUCCUAGUGGAGGUUGUCUUAUCGACUAUGUACCGCAAGUAUGCCAGCUGCUAACAAACAAGGUACAAUAUGUUAUUCAGGGAUACCAUAAGAGAAGAGAGUAUAUUGCAGCUUUCCUGAGUCACUUUGGAACUGGUGUGGUGGAAUAUGAUGCAGAAGGCUUCACAAAGCUUACUCUGUUGCUGAUGUGGAAAGAUUUUUGCUUCCUUGUUCACAUUGACCUACCCCUCUAUUUUCCUCGAGACCAACCAACCCUGACAUUUCAGUCCGUCUACCACUUCACUAACAGUGGCCAGCUGUACUCCCAGGCCCAGAAGAAUUACCCUUACAGCCCCCGCUGGGAUGGCAACGAAAUGGCCAAAAGAGCAAAGGCGUAUUUCAAAACGUUUGUCCCUCAGUUCCAGGAAGCAGCAUUUGCUAAUGGGAAGCUUUAGGCAGACUUGGGCAUGGAGAUGAUACUGCACAGAUCCUUCAGUCUGCAUGUGUCCUGCCAGCCCACAAGAAGAGUGCCUGGAAAUGGAUUGGACUGUCUCGAUAGGUGCUUUCUUGCCUCUGAAAUGGUUUGGGUAGCAUCAGUUCCUGUCAGAUUUCCAAAACAAAAACCUCAUUAGCAUGUUUAAAACUUGAGUGUUUGGUAUUCAUCCUGUCCCUUUGCCUCUGUCACCAUCAUUCCUUUAUGUAUCUACUGGAUUAAAUUUAAAAGGGUGUGUUUUGGUGUGAUAACAUUUUCUUGUGCCAGCAGUGUCCCAUAUGUUAUGCCUUGUUUCCUCGUCUUCAGAUGAUGUAAAUUGGAUUAUUUUCUUUCCGUGGAAAUAAGAUGUGAUUUGUAUAUUUAGUUAACAUUUCCAGUGUAUCCUAAGAAAAUAUAAAGCUGCCAUAUGUACCAGGAAUGCCUAAUGGACUGUACAGUGCCAUAUUCUGCCUUGGAGGUUUGCUUCUCGCUGUGGUUGUUUUUCUCACUGGCAUGGGUAUGAGUUGCCAGUUCAAUUCUCAGUGCCUUUCAAGUUGGUCUAAUAUCAAUAUGGCAGGAUUUGGGUGGGGUUUUUUGAAUAUUUCAGUUCAAAGCUCAUCCUACAUUAAAUGCUAUGCUUUUAUGCUUUGUUCUUAUUUCUGUUUGUACCGUUCUGGUGUUUUUCUAUUGAACUCCCCUUGCCAUUGCAAAGAAGUUCUACUUCUUAGUACCAACGAGCAAGGAGCUAGUUACAUAAAUUAGUAUCACAAAAUAAAGCUCUGUCACAGACUUGUGAUUUUUCCAAGUAACAUAAAUACUUAGCAAGCAAACAUUCUACAAAGGAGUGAAGGAUGUCUUGGAAAACCACUGAUGAAAUAGUGUAGGGCUAUAGGUAUCUUAAUGCUUAAGUUCAGCGUGUCUUCUCAGAAAUAAUUCUAAGUGUAUAGAACUGGAAACAUUAAUUCCCUAACUCUGAAAUGUCAAAUGCAAAAUCCCACCUAUUCAUCUUUCCUUUCACACUUGUGUCAGAUGCACCACUUGGGUCUGACUGUCACAAUGUCACUUCCCAAAUUAGUUUGUAAAUAGACCAGGGUACUUUCCAGUAAGGAAUAAAAUUAACAGUGUAUGUUGCUUAUAAAUGGCAUAUGGAAAAUGUGUCCUACUUCUGCGAAAUAUAAGGAACUAGAUUAAUAGUAUGCAGAUGAUACAAUGGCACUGGAAAACAUUUAAUUUGAAAUUAUUCACUGUAGCACCACUGUCUGCUUAUGCAAUGAAAUCUCAUCAACUUACUUGAUUGGGAGUGUUCUCCUACCCUUUCUAAAACUUGUUCUUUUAACAUAAAAAUAGUGCUUUCCAGGGGAAUGUCCACUAAGAAAUGUAGACAGGUUUUGAGCAGUGAAGCUUCAUAAUUAAGGAUUAUGCAGAUAAUUUGCCUCUAGAAACUAAAGGUAUUUUUAGCUAGUUUAUAGGCAGAAUUUUAUGUUUAAUACUGAAGUUCUUGACUGGAAACCAAGCUGCAAACAAAAUCAGAAGCCUUAUUGCAAAUCUACAGAUGAGAGGCCAUAUUUUGUCCUGUGACCCACCCCCUCGUGACUCUUCGCUGCUUUAUCUGUGGGCUGUGAAUGGCUCCAAAGGUCUGAGCCUCAGUUUACUCAGUGGAGGUGUUGCAUUAGACUCUUGCAUGCAAACCAAGACUUAGAGCAGAUGUGGAAGGUAGUGGGUUUAUGGCAAUAGCAAAAACAUAAAGGAACAAACUUAAAUGCCUAAAACCAGACAUUGAUCAGUAUACGGGGAGAAUCUUAUAUCUGCAUUUCUGCAGGUAAAAAUCAAAGCUACUCACACACGUUCAAGAAUAAGCCAGCUCUUGUGAAUGAGGUGGGAGAAGGAGGAUGGCUGAUGAAAAACAUUGGUCCUCAUAGUGUUCAAAAUCCAAUAGAAACUGCCUCUAGCAUCUUCAAAAUGUAAAAACCAAACCCUCAAGUUGCCUCAGUAGAUUCCUGGAAUACUGCAUUUUAUAAACGUGUGUUUGAUUUAGUGUUGUAGCGAUUGCCUCAUGAACACAGUGAUUGAUAUAUACCUGCUUGUCCACAUGGCACCAGUAAUUUUUUUAUCUUUUCAGAAAUUACCAUAUUUCAAAGGCUAGCAAUUGAAAAAUAUUUCAAAAAGAGGCCCGCUCUAUUGAAUUGAUAGGUGUUUUCAACCAAAAAUGGAUCCUUCACUUCAGUCCUACUAAUUUUGGACAAAAGACUGCUUUAUUAUUAAAGGAAUAUGAAUUUUAGAAGCCGUGUAAGAAAAGACUUGGAGCCUAAACUAGCAAGUCCUUAUAUUGAAUUCAGUAGUUUCACCAGUUUUUCACUAGCAUAUAUGGAAAUGAGCCAGUAGCUUCAGACUAAUUAUACAUCAUAAUACAAAAAAUUAUUUUGGAAAAAUAAAAGGAAAGGAAAGGAAAGGGUAGAUAAGUGGAGAAUCUGAUCUGCUCGUGUUUAAGAUGAAGUCUGCAAGCCUAUCAAUUUUCAGAUGAGAAGAAAAGGCAUUUGUCUUACACUUAAUGAACAUUUUGUUAAUUUCAAAGCAACUCGCCCUGCACAGUAUUUUAUGGAGCCCUUCCUGACAGUUCUCAGAAGAAUGUAUUUGGGGGUGUUAGCCCUACAAAUGGGGUGUUGGGAGGAAAGACGUGGAAAUGAGUGAACUCUUCUCUCUGGAAGGAUUACCAUAUAAAUACUACAUCAGAAAAGAGAGCUAGUUUGAAUAAUUUUAUCAAGUAUUUGUUGAAGGCAUUUAAAUUAGCCACAGAAGUUGUAAUCUAGGAAGUUGGGAGUUAUUUCUUUUAUCUCCUGUUUUAUUAUAAUAUCCAUUGUGGCCAGUUUAAUGGCAAUGAGACUUUCAGUGCUUUUUUUCUUAUUAUGUGAUAUAUGUAGUUGAAAGGAGCAGUUGGACCUAGGCUCAUUUCUUUGGUUUAUGAGGACCACGAUACAUAGGAGAAAAAUAUCAAUGUUAUGAACUUACUGAAAAGCCUGAAUUGUACUCUGUCAUAAUUUUUAUCGAAACAAUGUGGCGAGUCUCUAGUUACUCAGCCAAAUUAACGCACCAUUUUCUGAAAGUCCUUAAAGUGUGAACUUACAGUCCAGCCUUUAUUCAUCUGCAUAUGUGCUAGAAGUAAUACCAAGCCUUUCAAAUUCAAAGUUAGACCUUUUGUGAAAUUGCUGGAAAGACCGGACAAGCAGCUGGAAGAAUAAAUAAAAGUUAACUAUUAUCAUGUA